CAAGGUUGUAAACCACUUGAUAAACUGUGGAGAAAAAAUGUUGAAACAUUUUUGUUUUGAGUUCCCCCCAAAUCUUGUGGACUGCGCAAGGAUCUCGUUAGUUCGCGUGACGUGAUAUGCAGCCUGACUGUAAAAAAUGAAGAAAUUAGGCAAUAAGAAUGUAAUCUUACAGCCUUACACAUUACGAUACUCUUACCACACGCACGUCAAUGGUACGUUCCAUUUUCAUGACAUCCCUUGAGGUUGCCAUACGAACCUCAAGGGAACUACAAGACACACCUGCACUCCCCUUAAGAUACGGUCACUCCUUUCCAUCACCCUCCGUGGGCCUGGACAACCUAAAAACCCGCAGCACCUGUAUGGGUCAACCCGUUGACAAAGUUGUAAUCUGUGGCAGCCAUGCAUUUCAUUGAAAAAUUUGACGGCGAGUAGAUGUCAGAGUUCCAUUCAAAGGUUUUAGUUUCAGGUUUCACUGUUUCAGUCCCAGGAUGAAAAUGUCACGCAACCUUUGCAGGAGUUGUUGAAGUACAGUAAGGGCUGUGAUGGCUCAGAUGACCUGCAGGAGGCUCUUUCUUCCAUCCUCGGGAUCCUGAAGGCCGUCAAUGACUCCAUGCACCUCAUCGCCAUCACAGGAUAUGAGGGUAACCUGUCAGAGCUGGGUCGCCUACUGAUGCAAGGCUCCUUCAGCGUCUGGACGGAACAUAAGAAAGGCCACGCCAAAGUGAAGGACCUCGCCAGGUUCAAGCCCAUGCAGAGACACUUGUUUCUCCAUCAGAAGGCGCUAUUGUUCUGCAAGAAGAGGGAGGAGAACGGUGAGGGCUACGAGAAGGCUCCAUCCUACAGCUUCAAACACUCUCUCAGCAUGAGCGCGGUGGGGAUCACAGAGAAUGCAAAGGGAGACAACAAAAAGUUUGAGAUUUGGUGCAAUUCCAGAGAAGAGGUUUUCAUUGUCCAGGCCCCAACACCGGAGAUCAAGACGGCAUGGGUGAACGAGAUCCGUAAGGUUCUUACUCAGCAGCUCAAAGCUUGCAGAGACGCCCGUCAGCAGAAGAGCUCAGACUCUGUGUCCCCGAGUACCACCAGCAGCAGCUCCAUCUGCCUCAGCCCGUUCCGCAGCAACGCACAGAAAAACCAGAAGAAACAGGAGGAAAAGAAGGCGGAGCCAAGCCCGAUCUCAGACACCAACGCAUGCUCCUCCCCAAAGCACAAAGAUGAAGCGGUGACCAGCCCGACCACGGACAGGUCCUCUUUGGCUAAAAAGCGUUUCACUUUGCAGGGUUUCAGCAAUCUCAAGAGUCCGAAAGCUCUGAGUCCAGAGCAAACAGCCAAACGCCACUCGGUCAAGAGUGACCCCACUCCGUUUGGCUUUAGAGGUUGGAGCAAGGCGUCUCUGUCGGUGGACGCCUCUGAGGAGAACGAUGGCUACUCCAGCGGUGAGGACCCCAUGAACUCUGACACUGAAGAGGAUGGAGUCAAGAAGCUGGCUCCAGGAAAGUACACGGUGGUAGCAGACUGCGAGAAGGCGGGCCCUCAGGAGCUUUCUGUUAAAAGUGGAGACAUGGUCCAGCUCAUCAGGGAAGGAGAGGAGGGACAAUG